ACAGAUCAUUUGCCUAAUAUGUAAUGUUUAGAUAUCGCAAUACUUUUGUAUAUAAAGUGGAUUUCUAGACGACGCAAGGCAAUCGAGUUGAGUGAAACGACGAUCGACACGGUCAAAGAAGAAUAUUCACGAUGAAGUCUUGUGUAGUUCUGCUGUGCUUCAUAUUGUGCACAGCACCGUUUGUGAUGUCACAAUCACAAGCAUACGUACUGCCCUAUCCGGGCGAUUGCAGCAAGUAUCAACAAUGCGACCAAAGCGGUUGCUUUGUUAUGAGUUGUGGUAGAGGAACAGAAUUUAAUCCGGCUAUAGGCACUUGCGAUUAUCCUCUAAGAGACCGUUCAGGAUGCAGUAAUCGUGGAUGAAAACUUUGAUUCAAGUUUGACUAGAAGCGUGAAGAUACGUGAAGAUAUUUGUAAUCUUGAAGUUUGUCCAAUUCUGCUUAAACAUAUGGACAUUAUUACAAUGUGUAAAUAAAGUCAAGUUAUUAGAUUA